ACAGCCAAUCGAUAUUACAAUCGAUUGCUGUAAAAUUAUAUUGUUUACAAUUUGUGGAUUUGCUUCAAUAUUUUGUAGAAAUGAACGCUGUCGACACAGAACCCCAUUUAUUGGCUUUAAAAGUUAUGCGAUUGACCCGACCUACGCUGGUAGGAGUUGGGCCAAUUGUUACUUGCGAGCCGAAAGAUUUGCCACAAAGUUUUACACGCUCGGUGGAAAAUGAUGGCAUUGCUAGGACAAGUGCUGAAGCCGUGGGAGCUGGCCAAACAAUGCUUCUACCCCAAUCAUUUGGAAAUAUCUACCUGGGGGAAACGUUCUCCAGCUACAUCUGUGUACACAAUUGUACAACUCAUCCAGUUGAGGGUGUUACGGUCAAAGUGGAUCUACAGUCGAACACGUCACGUAUAAAUCUUUUGAUGCACGAAAACAAGAAAUCAUCUGUGGUAUUAACGGCGGAUGAGACUUUGGAUGAUGUCAUUCGAUAUGAAGUCAAAGAGAUUGGCACUCAUAUACUCGUUUGUGAAGUCAAUUACACAAGUCCAGCUGGGUUUGCUCAAUCGUUAAGGAAGUUCUUCAAGUUCCAAGUUCUAAAGCCACUCGAUGUGAAGACCAAGUUUUAUAAUGCUGAAAUGGAUGAAAUUUAUCUGGAGGCGCAAAUCCAAAACGUGACCACCGGACCCUUUUGUCUAGAAAAAGUGGAAUUGGAUAGCUCCGAACAAUACACCAUCACCUCGUUAAAUACUCUUCCCAAUGGAGAAUCAGUUUUUACCUCUAAAAAUAUGCUGCAGCCAAAUAAUAGCUGUCAAUUUCUCUAUUGCAUAAAGCCUAAGCCAGAAAUCGCCAAAGACAUCAAGACACUGCGUGAAUCAAACAAUGUUGGAAAGUUAGAUAUUGUCUGGAGAUCGAAUUUUGGCGAAAAAGGCAGAUUGCAAACAAGUCAAUUGCAGCGAUUGCCAUUUGAAUACAAAGACAUUCGCUUGGAAGUAAUCGACGCUGAAAAUAUUGUCAAAAUCGGAUCAAUAUUCACAUUCCAAUGCAGAGUAACUAAUACAGCAGAGCAUUCGAUGAAGUUGCAUGUUUCUCUGGACACUAAAGUGUAUCCCGAUUGUCCUUAUACAGGUUCUGCGGAUUUUAUUUUGGAUGUAUUGCAGCCAGGCGAAAUGACUGAGUUUCCACUUACCAUUUGUCCAUCUAAAUUGGGUCUUAUAAAGGUAUCGCCUUUAUUAAUUGUCGACACACUUAAGAACGAGCAAUACUUAAUGUCUAAAGUUGUGGAAGUGUUUGUUGUUGACGCUGAUUACCAUCAGGAUGGUACAUUUUUGCUCAAUAAGUUGAUUCGAUAUGAAAAUCCAAUUGAUUCCAUAAUGCAAAAACAAGUGCAAUUACAGGUGGUUUAAUCUUAGAUCAAAUUAUAACUACAUUUGAAUAGUUCGUUUAUUUAAAGAAAUAUAUUAAAGUCAUUACAAAUUA